AUGGCGCCUCGCAGAAGGCGUCGGCUAUCAGGUAGACGAAUUGGCACAGAAUUUUCAAAUUUGGGUAAGUGAGAUCACAGCAUAAAAUCGUAUAUCUAAGGCAUUCUCACUCUAUACAUUCUCUAAUAGUAUUCCUUAAAGGAGCCCAUACAAACUCUUAUUCUUACACUUCAUCUCUUGAGUUUCAUAUUGUCCCUACUCAUCCAAUUUUGUGGAUGAAAAAAAAUGUUGUACCAUAGUUAUUUUUACUAUUUCAAAACUGGUCAUAAACUAGUUUCUCUCAUUACCUAGUGUUUCAUUUAUUAUCGAAGUAUUGAUGUGCCUCUAUUUGAAGUUAUAUUGUGUUUUGUAUUCUGUAUUUUCUUAAAAUUUCCUUUUCAACCCUGUAAUUCACAUGGAGUGCAUACUUUACAAUUUAUACCUCACGCUCCCAUUUAGAGACUAACACCCAUCUCUGAUUACAUUGUCUGGAUGUUGCAUCAAUAUUAAUUGAUCUUUGAACAAUUGUACAACUACAGUAUUUCCAUAGUUGCCUCUUUAAUAUCUCAAGAUGUUCGGUAUUACAUAAUUGAAAUGUAACUCUUACUAUGUGAUCGACUCCAUUGGCCAAUCUGUGAAAUGCUCAGUUAUUGAAAAAUCUAAUAAAGAUCAUAUAUUGUAAAAAAAAAGAAAUUUUGAAAACCAUUCACAUAUAUGUUAUUUACGAAUUGAAUAUACUUUUUUCAGGGCCAAGAGUUGAUGACGUAGUAGACUUAACCCCUGAUGAUGAAGGCCAGCAGGCUCAGAUUAUCGACCUGGCUGGCGAUGAUGCGGAAGAUAUCGUACAGCCUGAGAUUAUUGAUCUAACAGGUGAAGAAGCUGUUCAAGAAGAACAGUCUGAGAUAAUUGAUCUGACAGGCGAAGACAGCAAUGAUAUGCCUGCAGUUAGCAUGGCAGUAAGAGGAAGGAGUAGACAAGAGCUCCGCAGAAGAGAACUUGACCAGCGUGUGUGCGCAAGAGAAAGGUCCAGAAGCCGCUCCCCUCUCCGUUCACCUGCACGUCUAUCAAGAGAGGAGUUAGCUUGGAUACAUCAACCGGGCAGAUAUUUCAGGCCCAGUGAGAUGCCACUAACAGAAGUAAGGGCGGUAGGAAGUCGCACUGUGACGGGACAAGAAACGCCAGGCACCUGCAGCAUCUGCCUGAUGGAUUAUGAAAGCGGGCAGAACUUAAUUGCGCUUCCCUGCUGCCAUGAAUUUCAUCGCCAGUGCAUCAUGACAUGGCUGCAGCAUGAUGCCAUAUGCCCACUUUGCCGGGGCCGACUUUUUGAGGGAAAUGACAACAACCUUUCUCUGAUGCAAGUUUAUUCUGGUCCUGCAUAUACUCCAAAUGGCAGCGUGUACAUCACCUCUCCACGUGCCAGGUACCUUGAUUGA